AAAAGCGUAAGAUAGCGUUCUAGAAAAGUUCGUGUUUGCAUGAUGUUUUGAGACAUUUCAGUAUAUCGCCAGACGUUUCGGCGAGCGGUAAUGGCACGAACGAAGCGGAUAAAAUCCCGGACCCAGAAAACAGGCCGCCAAUAGCGUUCAAAGUAAUUGGCGCCUCAAUCACUGAAGGGUGAAGCAUUAAUAGCAACUAAAAAACACCUGUCAAGUGCGAUAAUAGCGGGUCGUGGUGUGGCAAGCAGAGCAAAUGUGAAGUGAAAUAAUUAUUUUUGGAAGUUCGUCUAUCAACUAAUCUUCAAUAUAUGUACUUCGAAUCCCAUGACUCUGGAGCAGCGGUUCAGUGACUUAUUGAACACGUACCAAGAUUCCUACGGCAGAUACCACUUGGGUAAAGGAUAAAAUGUCCCCUUCAGCAGCCGGAGCCACGACAGACCUAUUGGACUUUGAUGAAAUACUCACUCAAAUUGGGGAAUUCGGACGCUAUCAGCGGCGGAACUAUCUGCUUAUCUGUCUGCCCGUUCUGUUUGCCGCAGCAAACAGUCUGUCGUAUGUGUUCACUGCUGGCAAACCCACCUACCGCUGCUACAUACCCGGGUGCGACAGCAUCCAGGCCCCAGAGUACCAUGCCGACUGGCUGCACAUAGCUGUGCCUGGAACUUGGAGCAAGAAGGGUUUGUUCACGCCAGCCAACUGCGAUCGGUAUGUGGCCAACGAGACGAGUGGUUUCAGCUGGGACCCUCUACAGCCGGGACAAUGUACGGCCGAGAACUUCACACAGGAGGAGGAGCGUUGCCUACAGUUCGUGUACGGGACCCAGGAGCGAACCAUUGUACAGGAGUGGCAGCUGACGUGCCAGGAGAACGCCUGGAAGCUGGCCUUUGUGGGAACCACACACUUUGCGGGACUGGUGAUCGGGACCGCGUUGUUCGGUUACCUGGCCGAUCGAUUUGGACGCAAGCGCAUAUUCUUGUUCUGCAUCGUUUUCAUGGCUGUGACUGGAGUAGCGCAGGCCCUGGCCUGGGACUACAUCAGUUUUCUGAGCUUUGCAUUGCUAAAUGCCGUUGGCACCUCAGGCGUGUAUCCGCUGGCUUUCAUUAUUGGCGUGGAGAUGGUGGGGCCGAGGAAGCGCGAGAUGUCCUCCAUUGUACUGAACUAUUUCUAUGCGGUGGGCGAGGCCCUGUUGGGGUUGUCCGUGUUCAUUCCCAAUUGGCGGAACUUACAGCUUAUACUGUCUAUACCACCGCUGAUCUUUUUGGGAUACUUUUGGAUUGUGCCAGAGUCGGUAAGGUGGCUAUUGGCUCGCAACCAGCGGGAGAAGGCUGGCGUGAUUAUUCGGAGAGCGGCGGAGGUCAAUCGCCGAGAUAUUUCAAUUGAGUUGCUGGCCAGUUUCAAGCAGCAGGAACUGGACAUGGAAAGUACCGACUAUGAUCAGAAGGAGAAACAAGAAAAUAACCAAAUUUGGCUGGCCGUCAAGGAGGUUUUUGCAUCUCAUGUUUUGAUUAUUCGCUAUGUGAACAUGCUCUUCAUUUGGGCCGUCAAUGCCAUCGUCUACUAUGGACUCUCCCUGAACUCGACCAGCUUGAGUGGCAACAAGUAUCUGAACUUUACCCUGGUCUGCCUUGUGGAAAUCCCCGGCUACAGCUUGGCGUGGCUGUGCCUGCGAAAACUAGGUCGCAAACUUGCGUUGUCUGGAUCCCUGCUGCUCUGUUCGAUCACCUGUGUUGCCAGCGGCUAUAUGACUAUGCGUGCCAACUGGUUGAUUGUGACGCUCUUUCUCAUUGGAAAGCUGGGCAUCACGUCCUCGUUUGCCGUCAUCUAUACGUACACCGCGGAAAUGAUGCCAACGGUUAUACGUAGUGGAGGCGUUGGUGUCAUGUCCACCUUUGCUCGCUGUGGUGCCAUGCUGGCUCCCUUUGUGCCGCUGCUGGGAACAUACUACGAGCCCCUACCACUACUGCUCUUUGGAGCCGCCUCGCUGAUUGCUGGUCUCCUUUCGCUGCUGCUGCCGGAAACCUUUCACAUGAAGCUGCCCGAUACGGUAGAAGAGGCCAUCGCUUUGGGGAAAUAAUAAAGGAAAUUAUUGUAGGAGCAAAUCCUGCGAAUACAAUCUCUCAACAAUUAGACUUAGAUGAUAUUAUUUUCUUGAUGUUAGGACUGUACAAUUAAACGUUUGCACACCUAGUA